AGUCAAAAUAGAUGCCAGGCAGUGUUUUUUCUCAGUGUGACACUGGCCCCCAAACAGCAAAGGCGUUCAGAGAAACCACUGAGGUCUUGAUUUACAGACAAAACUCAUAACAGCAGAGAUCCUGAAGACGUGCACUCAGAGGUAUGGAGAGCGUUAAUUCAACUACAGAAGAUUUAACAUCACUUUUUAUCUCCACUAAUUAUUAUGAGCUCAAUUACUCUGAUAUUGAAUCUUUCACGGAUGCCAACGUCACUGAAGUCGCUGAGCUGUGUGUCGCCAGCAAAGAGCACGAGCUUGCCAUUACUGUUGUCCAGACCAUGGUCUUCCUCAUCGUCUUCUUCUUAGGUGUAAUUGGAAACGGGCUGGUCAUUGCCACCUUCGCACGGUACCGCCGUCUACGUCUACGCUGCAUGACUGACGUCUUCCUGUUUUACCUGGCUCUGUCCGACAUGCUGCUCCUGCUGACUCUUCCGUUACAGACGGGAGAGAUGCUGUUCGGUAGCUGGGAGUAUGGAGAGGGGCUGUGCAAGCUAAACCGUGGUAUGUAUGCCAUCAACACCUAUGGAGGUCUGCUGUUGUUGGCGUGCAUCAGUGUUGAUCGCUAUCUGGUGGUGGUUCGCACCAGGACCGUGCGUAAGAGGAGUUCUGGGAUGCUGUUUUACAGCACAAUGUCCGCGCUUGGAGUCGCAGUAACUUCUGUCUUCCUGAGCCUUCCAGACCUGCGCUUCAGCUCAGUGGACAACGACAUGGGUUCGGACGUCCUCUUGUGUGAUAUGAAAGUUUGGGGUGAUGAAGUGAGUAAAUGGAAGCUGUGGGCCCAGAUGGCAAAGAUUGCUGGAUUCUGCAUCCCUUGCGUGGCGAUGGUGGUGUGUUACGGCGCGAUUGGACGCGUCUUGAUCCGUUCCGGUGGCAACUGUUGGCGUAGACAGAGGACUUUGCGUCUGAUGGCACUUUUGGUGCUUCUUUUCCUCCUGUUCCAGCUUCCUUACACUGUGGUGCUUCUGAUUAAAAUAUUCACACCCACUCCGCAACGCUGCGAAGACUGGACCAAGUUCCAGCUUCAGGAAAACAUAACACACAAUCUGGCAUACGUGAGGUGCUGCCUGAACCCUUUGCUCUAUGCACUUGUUGGCGUCAGAUUCAGAAAUGACAUUAUCAGGCUGUUGACGGACGCUGGGUGUGUGUGCGCGUGUGUUUCCCAUAUAACACUUCAGCAUGACAACGGAAGCUCCAUUACACCAUCGUCUCCAGCACCAACCAUACUUUCACCUGUCCCAUCUACUUACCUGUCCGUCAAGAAAACACCUGCUCCGAACACACCUGCUGCAAACACAGCUGAAACAUUCAUUUUUCCAACACCUACAUCUGAUAAAAUGAAUUCGUUUAUAAGCUGGUGUCAUCAGUGAUUUAGCUGCACAUCAGAGGAUCUGCAACUAAUCACGUGUUGGUUUAAAAGUGAAAUAAGACAUAGUUGCAUGUACAACAAAAGCUUUUAGAUCUUUUUCUUUCUUUCUUUCUUUUUUUUCUUAGCUUCAUGUACAAUCAACACCAUAAAUAAAAUCUUACUGAGGCUCAUAAUAUGCUUUUUAGAAAUGUUAUUUUCUGUAUUUUAGAUCACUAUG